AUGAAUUAUUCUCGAAACGGUGGAUCAUCUUAUGGCGGCGGUGGCGGUGGCAAUGGUCAUUAUAGUCGCGAUCAAUCUAGAAGUUCAAAUCGCUAUGGUAGUAGUACAACCAGUAGAAAUUCUGGAGGAGCAGGUGGUGGAAACAACAAAUAUGGAAAUAACUUACUUAGUGAAAUGGAAAAUAUACCAAUACCUGCACCACGUGCUGGUCCACCAGUAAUCAAAAAUUUUUACACAGAAUCACCAUUAAUCACUAAUAGGCCUCAGGAGAUCUUUGAUCAAUUUUAUGUACAAAAUGAAAUGUCUAUACGUGGAUUUGCUCCAAGACCUGUUCUUUCAUUCGAUGAAGCUCCGUUUCCGAGUCAGAUGAAAAGUAUUCUACAUCGUCUUGGUUACCAACGUCCAACAGCUAUUCAAUCUCAAGCUUGGCCAGUUUUAAUGAGUGGGAAUGAUUUGGUUGGAAUUGCACAAACUGGCUCGGGAAAAACACUUGCAUUUAUGAUCCCAGGUUUGAUUCAUGCUGCUGGUCAAACGAUUUCACGUCAUGGUGAUCCAGUUGUUCUUGUUUUGGCACCAACACGUGAAUUAGCACAACAAAUUCAAAAUGUUUGCAAUGAUUUUUGUUCGUCAACAAAUGCAAGAAGUGUUUGUGUGUAUGGUGGUGCACCAAAACAACCUCAAAAACGUGAUAUUCGACAUGGAUUAGAAGUUUGCAUAGCAACACCGGGACGUUUGUUGGAUUUUGUUCGUGAAAAAACGAUUAAUCUUGACCGUGUCACUUAUCUCGUGCUUGAUGAGGCAGACAGAAUGCUAGAUAUGGGUUUUGAACCACAAAUAAGAAAAAUUAUUCGAUAUAUCAGGCCCGACCGUCAAACAUCGAUGUUCAGUGCCACAUGGCCAAAAGAAGUACAAAAACUAGCAGAUGAUUUUAUGUCCAAUUGUUCUCAUAUAACUCUUGGCAAAGCAGUAUUGAAUGCGAAUCAAAAUAUUCAUCAGAUUGUCGAUGUUUGUGAAGAACAUGAAAAAGAAUCCAAAUUGGCCAAAGUUCUCGCAGCUGUUAUGCGUGAACAAGAUUGUAAAGUGAUUAUAUUCGCACAAACAAAAAAACGUGUCGAUGAUUUUUUCUUUAUCGUUAAACGAUUGGGUUAUCCAGCAUUUCCUAUUCAUGGAGAUAAACGUCAACAAGAACGUGAUCGUGUUUUAUCAGAAUUUCGAAAUCGUACAAGAGCUAUAUUGAUUGCAACUGAUGUGGCAGCUCGUGGUUUAGGUGCCUAUUAA